AUGUCGACAACUUCACCAGUAGCGGCUUCAGCUUCUUCUCCCUCGGUGGCUAGUGAUAAACGCGCUAUGCGUUACUUUGGUGGACGGGCCACGGUAGUAGAAGUUGGAAUUCUGGCAAUAUAUCCAUUGGCGAUAUUUCUUGGAUUUCUUGUACAACUGUGUGGCGGCGACUCGCCAUCAUACUUUAGCAACAAGCGCAACUUGAUCAAUGUUUAUAUUAUCAAACGUGGAUGGCUCUGGGUAACGCUGUUGGUUGGACUGCAUGCAUAUACCAUUCAUCAACGAAACUCACCUCUUAGUCAGCGCGCGCUGCGCAACUUGUUGGUGCGAUAUGCACUUGCAACAGCAUGGUGGAUCUUUUUCACACAGUGGUUUUUUGGUCUACCCAUCAUGGAUAAGGUUUUUGUGUUAACAGGUGGCGGAUGCGCGGUGGAUGCGCAGACACCAGCCCUUAACACCAUGUCAUCGGCAAAGUGUCGAACAAUUGGCGGGUCAUGGGUAGGAGGAUAUGAUCCCAGUGGACACACAUUUCUCAUCACACACUCGAGUUUAUUUCUAUGGAACGAGCUGCUGCCGUAUAUUCAACGACACUAUUUGCAUAAGAGCCAGCAAACUGAGCAUGGGAGUGUUGUUGACGAGAUGCUGGUGAAUGGUCAACAUGAGCAGCCGCCAUCUAUUUUUAAGAGCGUGGUGUUUAAAGCAGCAGCACUGCUAAUUUUCAUCUUUUGGUGGAUGCUUUUGAUGACGGGUGUUUAUUUCCAUUCUAUUUUGGAAAAGCUAUCUGGUCUAGGGUGGGGUUAUAUUGAAAUAUUGGCGGUAUUUUUCGCAUCUCACGAGCUUGGCCCUGAGAUUGAGCAGUGGCUCAGUGUUGUGCCUGUUUAG